AAAAGCAAACUGCAUUUCCUAGUUUCCACAUAAAAACAGAACAGGUUUGUUGUGUAUAAAUAUGCGGUAACUCUGCUAAGAUGCAAUUUGCAAAGCUUGAAUCUUCAACCUGGAAGCUUAGUGGUCUUGAUUAGCUGUUAUACGCAGUAUCAGAUCAACAAUGACAACUUCUUCCUUUUUCUUGGCUUUGCUCUUGCUGUCUCUUGCUUUUUCAGAUUUAUUUGUGCAAAUCCGGGGCUUUAAUUUUGGAAUCAACUACGGGCAAGUCGGGGACAAUCUUCCAUCUCCCUCUGAUGUGGUCGUUCUGAUAAAAUCUUUGAAAGUUUCUAAAAUCAAGCUCUAUGAUUCUAAUCCAGAUAUUCUAUCUGCAUUCGCCAAUUCAGGUGUGGAAUUCAUAGUAGGAACGAAGAACGAGGAUCUUCCUAGUUUGAGAGAUCCUUCUAAUGCUCAGAAGUGGAUUCAGCAGCAUGUUCAACCUUAUAUUUCACAAACUAAAAUCACUUGCAUAGCUGUUGGAAACGAGGUGUUCGACUACAAUAACCCUCAGCUCACAACAAGUCUUCUUCCUGCAAUGCAAAGUAUGUAUAAUGCUCUGGUUAGCCUUGGACUUGCACAGAAGGUUACUGUUACUUCUGCUCAUUCUUAUAAUGUUAUAGCCUCUUCAUUCCCUCCUUCGUCUGGGGCGUUCAAGCAAGAUCUGAUACAGUAUAUUCAACCCAUUCUUAACUUUCAUGCUCAGAUCAAAUCACCCUUCCUUAUUAAUGCUUAUCCCUUUUUUGCAUAUAAGGGAAACCCAAAUCAGAUUUCUUUGAACUAUGUGUUGUUUCAGCCUAAUUCAGGGUCUAUUGAUCCAGUUACCAAUUUGCAUUAUGAUAACAUGUUGUUUGCUCAAAUUGAUGCUGUCUAUGCUGCCAUUAAGAGACUGGGCCAUACUGAUAUUGAAGUAAAGAUUUCAGAGACUGGUUGGCCUUCUAAAGGUGGCCCUGAUGAAUUUGGAGCCACACCACAGAAUGCAGAAAUAUAUAAUAGCAAUCUGUUGAAGAAGAUAGAGCAGAAACAGGGCACUCCUGCAAGGCCAUCUGUCCCUGUCGAUGUUUUUGUUUUUGCACUUUUCAAUGAGAAUUUGAAAACUGGUCCUUUAUCGGAGAGAAACUUUGGUCUCUAUUAUCCUGAUGGAAACCCAGUUUAUAACAUUGGAUUAGAAGGUUAUCUCCCAGAAAUGACUGGGGAGUUUGAGUCCAAAUCUAACGUGCUGUCCAUCAAUUUUGUCUGCAUAUUUGCAUUUUUGUUGUUCACUUGGGAGCUUUCAAGACACUGAUAAGGAAUAUAACAAAACAAAUAACUUUGUAGAAUUCAUUCUUUUGUUAGAGGUGAGGAAAAUUUUAAUAUUGUCCAUAUAAUUUUUUAUUCACAAGUGUUGAUAUCUAUUUUCUCUUUACAUUACAAUUUCUGUAACUGUUGGAAACUGGUUACCGUAAAUGAUGAAACUAAAAUUAGUUUGGUGUAGUUGUCUUUUUAAUCCUUUGGUUGGAAGAAAAGUAAUUCAGCUGGUGAAGCUCUAAUGAUUAAUGUUUAUAUUAUGAUAGAAAUUAGUAAUGAUGAGGGGCAUAACGAGAUG